AUGGCGACUCCAACAUCCACGCUAUCUCCGCAUGAACGAACAAGGGUCGAAGAUUAUCUAAACGACAAAAUUCAGGUGUCGGCCGAUUUCGAAAGUCUUGACUCAUUGCUGUCUAGUCUUCGCUCCCAGCAUGAGCUCCAACGAAAGCAGUUAGCAGAAGCACAGGAAGCACUAUCGAAAGCGACAAAGGCCUCUAGCGACCAUGCCGAAGCCACUCGAAAGCGUGCCGAAGCGUUCAAUGAGCACCAGGCGGAUAUCGAUAGGCGGUUGAAAGCCCUCACUGGGUCAGAUGCGAGCGACGAAGCGGCAAAGCGAUUUGAAGCGAGUAUAGAAAAGCUGCGUAAGCUGGAGCUGUCAAAAGGAUAUGUGUCCUUGCUCAAGGAAGCGGAGGAAUUGAGCAAGGAAGCCUUAACAAGCAUACAACAUUCACCCAAAUUGGCCAUCAAGCCAUAUACCCGGCUAAGGACCAUCGUCCAAUCCUUGAAAGAAGCUCAGCCUGCAGCAGAAGGGGCUGCCCCUCACCUGGUCGACUAUAUCGGAAAGCUAGCAUCUGCAUUGAGAGAUCACAUGAAAACCGACUUCACUAAGCGGCUACAGGGAACAUUGGAGGAGAUGAAGUGGCCGUCGAAGGACCUGUAUUUUCCGGAUAAUCUAAGAGCACAGUGGAAAGAAUAUGUGGA